AUGUUUGGUAGAACAACUUCAGGUUUUGGAGGGUUUGGGAACAGAACAACCACUGGAUCCCCAUUCAGCUCAUCCACAACCAAUAACAAUACCGGUAGUUCACCUUUCGGUGGAGCCAAUAACAACAAUUCAAGUGUUUUUGGUAAUAAUAAUUCCACUGGAGGUUUUGGAUCUACUGGAGGUUUUGGUACUAAUAACACCACCGGUUCAGCUUUUGGUUCUAACAAUAACACAGGAUCUGUUUUUGGUGCUUCAAAUACCAACUCAUCACCUUUUUCCAAUAACACCACUGGAUUUGGUUCUUCAACUACAGGAACAAGUGCAUUUGGGUCAUCAAACACUGGAGGUGGAAUGUUUGGAUCCACAGCCAAUAAACCUACUUUUGGGGGAGGUUUUGGAACUCCCACAAAUAACAAUUCCCCGUUUGGAGGUUCGAAUACCGGAUUUGGUGCAUCUGAUCCUAAUGCUAAUAAUGGAACUGGAGGUAAGCCUUUUACACCUUUUGAAGAAAAAGAUUCCUCAGGAACCAAUGUGUUCCAAAAUAUCUGUUGCAUGCCAGAGUACAAGAACUUCUCCUUUGAAGAGUUAAGAUUGAAAGAUUAUGAACAAAACAGAAAAUUCGGUAAUUCAACAGGAACUACUGGCACCACAGGAGGUUUUGGUUUUGGAGCUUCUAACAAUACUUCUGGUUUUGGUGGUAUGGCAAAUAACAAUACCAAUGCAUCACCAUUCGGAGCCAACAACAAUUCUACAUCAGCUUUCGGAGGUGCUGCCAACAACAAUGCAUCACCAUUCGGUGCAAGUAACAAUACCACCGGAGGAUUUGGGGCUUCAGGAACUAGUGGAUUUGGUGCCAGUGGAGGAGCUUUUGGUUCUUCUAACACUGGUGGUUCAACAUUUGGUGCUGCCAAUUCAAAUCCUUUUGGAGGGGCCACCAGUAACACUACCUCAGGAUUUGGAGGUGGUUUUGGUGCCACCAACAAUAACACAACCAGCGGAGGACUUUUUGGAUCCAACAACAAUAACAACGCCUCACCAUUUGGUGCUAACAAUAACACUACCGGUGGAUUUGGAAGCACCAACAACAAUGCAUCACCAUUUGGUGCCAGUAACGGGUCAGGGUUAAACAACAACACUUCAGGAUUUGGUGCAAACAACAACACUUCUGGUGGUUUAUUCGGAUCCAAUAAUAACAAUACUAGUUCAGGAUUUGGUGCUAAACCUACAACAUCUGGAUUUGGAUUUGGUAAUACUUCCACUAAUGCAUUUAAUAAACCAGCAAGCGGAGGAUUAUUUGGAUCUACCAGUGGUACAGGAUUUGGUACCUCUAACAAUAAUGGUGGAGGAAUUUUUGGUAAUAACAACGCCAAUAACAACACCAACACUACAUCAGGGGGUCUUUUUGGUGGUAACAACAAUAACAACACCUCCGGAGGUCUCUUUGGUGGAAAUAAUAACACUGCCAAUAAUAAUAACACUAGUGGUGGAUUAUUUGGUCAAAAACCAGCAGGUACCACUGGUGGUCUUUUCGGUGGUAAUACCGCCAACAAUAAUACUUCUGGAGGUUUGUUUGGGGGUAACACUACCAACAAUAACACAUCAGGAGGAUUAUUUGGUAGCAGCGCUCAAAAACCAGCCACUGGAGGAUUAUUUGGAGGUAAUAAUACCACAACAUCAGGCUUUGGAACCAAUAACAAUACUUCAGGAGGACUUUUCGGAUCCAAACCUGCCAAUUCAGGAGGAUUGUUUGGUGGUAAUAACACCACAUCUACUACUGGAGGAGGUUUAUUUGGUGGUAAUAACAACACCACUACUUCUAACACUUCAGGGGGAUUAUUCGGAUCCAACACCAAUAAUAACACCGCCAGUGGAGGUCUUUUCGGAAAUAAACCAGCAGGAACAUCAGGAGGUCUUUUCGGUGGUAAUAAUAAUACUAACAAUACCUCAGGAGGAUUAUUCAGUAAUAAUAAUAAUAAUACCAACACGUCGGGAGGAUUAUUCGGUGGUAACAACAACAAUACCAAUAACCAACCUCAACAAAAUGGUUUAACUAUUGGACUGAAUCCUUAUGGAGAUAACGCUUUGUUCAAGAGUCUUUCUGUACCAUCAAACCAGAACAAUUCCUUACCUGUAGCAACAUUAGUAGAGUCCAAAGAACAUAAAAAACCUGUCAACUUGAAUAGAGUUCGUAGAAUAGCACCAUUAUUCCAAAGUGUAGCUACAAAAGCUGAACCCGUCAUCAAAGAUCCAAUAUUAUCACCUGUUAAUACCAUUAGCAGUUCCAUUUUGGAUAAGAGUCUCGAUGAAUCCAUCUUAGCAUCAGAUAUAUUUGCCCCCAAAGAUUCCGUAAAGAAAUUAAUGUUACACAAAUCUAAUGUUUUAAGUCCAUUAGAGCCCAACACCAAACAAGUGGAUUUCAAAACCACCAAAUCACCAGCUUUACCAUCAACAGAAAAAUUUACUGCUGAGGAAUUAGAAGUUGAUGAAGAUGGCUAUUGGACUUCACCACCAAUGUCACAACUAAAACAAAUGUCAUUAAAAGAAUUACACUCUAUCAAAGAUUUCAAAAUAGGAAGAAAACAUUAUGGUCAGGUCAAAUUCUUGCAACCAGUAGACUUAUCAAGUUUAUUGAAUUUAGAUGAUAUAACUGGUAAUAUUGUAACUUUCAAACCAAAAAAUUGUAUAAUUUAUCCUGAAAGUAAACCAAAUGCCGGUGAAGGAUUGAAUUUACCUUGUCAAGUGACUUUGCAAGGAUGUUAUCCAAUAAAUAAGAAGGAUAAAUUACCUAUCUUGGAUCCUAACAGUGAAGUGGUAAAACGUCAUAUAAAUAAAUUAAAAGAGCUUCCAGGUAAAUUCAUUAGCUAUGAUGGAGAAACUGGGGACUGGACGUUCGAAAUAGAAUCCCUUUAA